ACAUAAUUCCCACAACUCCAAUCCGAAGACUGUACACGCUAUAAGAAACCUACAUAUCAAAAAGAUUUUAAAAUAAAGCUCCCUCUCCGACGUCGACACCUAAAAAGCAGCUUUAGCCGCAAUAGCAACUCCAGCCGAUCUCACCAAUAAUCAAGAAAUAAUGAAACUCGACCCCUCCCUCACAAUCGUAUUCGGUACCUUAAGUGUAGUCGCGGCAAUUGCAGCAAUCCGAUAUAAGAAAUCCGUUGGCAGUCUACUCAUGAGAAUAAUCAGGCGUAGAGGCAGGAGAGGAAUCCACUCCAGCGCCCGGGACAUCGAAGCCCAACCAGGACUCGCGACAAACGGGAACACGCGCUCAACCGGGAUUGAGCUGCAACUCUUGCCUCCGGUUGCUCUGCGGCCUUUGCCUUCGGUUGCUCACCCCACGACGUAUCUUGAUCCUGUUCCAUCACCUUACGAAGAGACGGCGCAUGUGCAGACUGUGUGGCGUAUCUAAGGAUGGUACUCGGAUACCUACCUAGGUAGGCUGAGAUCAACGGGAGUUUGAGGAGUAUGGAGGAGUUGGAUGUAUAGUAAAGCGAGGUGUUUCAGGAUGCAUUUGCUUGGUACAAGAGGGGAAAAGGAUAACGGCGUACGAAAGGACGUGAACGAAUGUGUAUACACAUGCG